GCGAUUCUUUGACAAGCUUUCAGAAUCUCUCCACAGUCCCCAGCAUAAACCCUGAAUCUCCAAUCCCGCAUAAAAACAAGACAAUCCUCUGAAUUCCUAGAGCCCUAGAUCCCACAAUGGCCCUUCGCCUUAAGCUCCGAUCAAUCUUGCUGCUUCAAAACCGCCGCCGUUUCUCAACCUCAAUCCUAAAUCCCAACUCAAAUACCCCACUGACCGGCAAGGAAAAGUCUCGGGCCGCGCUCUCUCUCCUUCGGGCCGAGAAGAACCCAGAACGAAUACUCGACAUUUGCCGCGCUGCUUCGCUGACUCCGGAAUCCCAUCUCGACCGCGUCGCCUACUCCAAAGCCAUUUCCAAGCUUAGGGACUUAAAUUACUUCAAUGGGAUUCGGUCUUUUGUCGAGGAGUCCAUGGCCCGGCCCGAUAUGAAGUCCGAGCGAUAUAUUUCCCAUUUUGUUGUUCUGUAUGGGCAGGCUGGCAUGGUUGCUGAUGCACGCAAGACGUUUGAGGAAAUGCACGAGAUGGGUCUCGAUAGAACGGUAAAAACACUUAAUGCUUUGCUGUUUUCUUGCGUUUUAGCCAAGGACUACAAGGAAAUGAAGCGGAUUUAUAUGGAAUAUCCAAAAAUUUAUGGGAUUGUCCCGAAUUUAGAUACUUACAAUAAUGUGAUCAAAGGGUUUUGUGAGUCUGGUGAGUCGAGUUCUUGUUACUCGAUAUUGGCUGAAAUGGGUAGGAAAGGGGUUAAGCCGAAUGGGACAACGUUUGGGACGAUGAUUGCUGGAUUUUAUGAGGAGGAGAAAUUUGAGGAUGUCGGUAAAGUGUUGAAGAUGAUGAAAGAAGAGCAUAGCAUAACUCCUGGGACUAGUAUUUAUAACAUUAGGAUUCAGAAGCUGUGCAAGUUAAAGAGGAGUAGGGAGGCAAAAGCAUUGUUUGAGAGUAUAUUGUCGAGAGGCUAUAAGCCGAAUAAAGUAACUUAUUAUCACUUAAUUCACGGGUUCUGUAAGGAGGGAGAUUUGGAGGAGGCAAAAGGGUUGUUUGAGAGGAUGGUGAAGAGUGGGAUUAAACCCGAAGGCGAAUGCUAUUUCACUCUGGUUUACUUCCUGUGUACAGGUGAGGACUUUGAGGCUGCACUAAAGAUCUGUAAAGAGUGUCUUGCAAAGGGUUGGGUUCCAAAUUUCACGACUAUGAAGUUGCUUGUGGAGGGUCUGGCUAGCAUUUCAAAGGUCGAUGAAGCAAAGGAGAUUAUUGGGCACCUAAAAAAGGAGUUCUCAGCAAAUGCUGAUCGGUGGACUGAGAUUGAAGAAGGAUUGACAAAGUAGACAGGAUGAACAUGGUAGUCUAUUGAAUCUGCUUCUGCAUCAUACGAUGAUCAUACUGAGACCAAGUUAGAAAUAAUUUGUACGUAAUUUUUGUCUGGAUAGAAUUGUAGUUUUCUACUCAGUUCUGGUAGCUCGGACAAGUUUUGAUUUUGAUAAUUUUGUUAUGAUCAGUUGCUCAGUUUAUUAAGGUGUUUUAUCAAUUAAACUAACUCUGCUGGAGAUAAAUGGUACCCAAAUGCAGUUCAACGUAUCAUAUUUCCUUUCGCAUACAUUUGGAGAUACGUUUCCAUAACAUGAAUGUACCACCGGUGCUGCUUUUAUAUGUAUUAGGCUUCAGACA